UCACAGAGUCUCUUCUUUACAACUCUGUUUUUUCUUUUCUUUAUCAUCAUUUUUUUUUCUUUCCUUUCGAAAAUGGGGAAUUGUCAGGCGGUGAACGCGGCGGUUCUUGUUCUACAGCAUCCCGGCGGGAAAAUUGAUCGUUACUAUGGCUCUGUAUCCGUCACCGAGGUCAUGAGUAUGUACACUGGCCACUACGUCUCUCUCAUCGUUCCUUUGACAGAGGAGGAAGAGAAGAAUAUUCCGGCGGCAGUGAAGCGAGACGAUAAGAAGCAGAGGAAGGCUGUGAGGUUUACACGUGUUCAGCUUCUCCGUCCGACUGAGAGUCUCGUCCUCGGCCACGCUUAUAGGCUUAUUACUUCACAAGAAGUGAUGAAGGUUUUACGGGAAAAGAAAUCAGCCAAGACGAAGAAGCAUCAGGUUGAGACGACGACGACAGUGAAGAAGUUGUCCGAGAAGAAAGUUCCGGAGAAGAAACAAGGGAAGCAAUUUCGUGUGUUAACGAACUCAACUUCCCUUUUAAAGUCCAAAACAUGGAGGCCGUCUCUUCAGAGCAUCUCCGAAGCUACAAGCUGAAUGUUUUUGGUUUUUGUUCGAGAGACAAGACAGUGUAUCUGGAUCUAGAGUGGAGAACCUGAUCCGGAACCUUACUGAAUAAAUUUUGGUUCCUUUUUUUUUUCUUUUCUUUCUGGUUAUGACAAGGGUGAAGUCUUAGAUCAAGAUGUGGAGAGAUUAGUAGACAAAAGCUCAAGAAAGCCAACAGAACAGAGCUUCUUCUUCCUUUUUUUUCUCUCUAUCGUCGAUGUAUAUAUAUUUUCGCAGAUGGAGAAAUCGAUGGAAGUUUGUAAGAAGUGUGGUUUUUGUUGUUGUAAUAUCGAUUCAGAGGGAAACAUGACUUCUGAAUUAGAACAAUAAAGAGCUUUGUUGUUGUUAUCUUGCA